CGGGUCCACAUGAAGGAAUAAACGGCAUUUUUUAAAAGCACGAAGUCUGAUUCGGGCAAGCCCGCAGAAGACAAGGACGACCGGGAGAGUGUCCUGAAAAAAGACAAAUUAAAAAAUAAAAAAUAGAAAAAAGAAGCUAGAAUGAUGCCGGCGGAACGUUUGACCCGGACAACAUUUUCUACACGGACACUUUUGUAAAACAGACCAAAACCGAGGACCUGGCAAAAUGGAAGUUAAAAACGCUAACGCAGCUAUGCUCAGUAACUAUGAGGUGUUCAAACUCCUGACAGACCUGAAGGAACAAAGGAAGGACAGCGGGAAGAACAAGCACAGCACCGGGCAGCAGAACUUAAACACCAUCAUGUACGAGACGCUGAAGCACCUGUCGAAGACGCCCUGCAGCAGACAGAGUCCAGAGAUCGUCAAAGAGUUCCUCACCACCAUGAUGCCUCACAAACUCACAAAGGCCGAGAAACUGCAGCUACUUAAUCACCGGCCACAGACAGCAGUGGAAAUUCAGCUAAUGGUAGAAGAGAGUGAGGAGCGUUUAUCAGAGGAGCAGAUUGAGGAGCUCAUCCAGACAGUCGCAGUCAUCCUACCCGGCGACCCUGAGCAGGAGAACGCAGCUCCAGCAGAAGCGGAGAUGGAUGAGGGCGGUGAACAGUCAUGACACAGGGACAGGCCAGGAAUGACCCACGGGUGAAGAACCAGGGUGAAGGUCAAAAUUAUUGCAGAACUGGACUGGUUGCUUUUACCUGCGCCGUUUUUGCAUCACUGGUUGAACCGAACAACAAGCUGACAGAAAGGAUGCACAAUGGCUGCCUGGCCACGGCUAAAGUGACCUCAUUACCUCUGAAAUGCCACAUUAAAUGAUUCACAUUAAGGUUAAUCAUUUAAUGAAUGGAAGAAAAUAAGCACAUCACGAUUUACAUGUCUGUGUGUAUAUACAGAAGGAUUCAGAUCAAACAUGCACACUUUCAUAAGUUCAGUUUUUGGACAGUGAGUCACAUUUUGACUUGUUUUACACCUGACUUGUCUAAUUUGUAUUUCACAUCAGAUACUGUUCAUGCAGAGACAGUCUGUUAUUAACCUGUUAUAUUGUUGGUUUCUGACUUAAUGUUAGUUGCCUUUUUCUGGCAUGGAGCAUAAGAAUAAGGGUUUUUGACUUCCAAAGCUGUAAUAUAUGUCAGUCAUGCAAUUAAAGUUGCAUCAGUCAGACAGUAUUAUUAGAGUAGCUGUGUCAUAGCAAAGAGAGUAGACAGCAGGGACCAAGAGGUGAUCGUUGUGUCUUAAUAAUGGCUAGAAACCUUACCUUUUUAAAACACACUGACCCUUUUCUUCUGUAAUAAAAUUAAACCUAUCAGCUGAAA